CGCAAGUCAUGCCCGUAACACCAGGCAUCUUACUUGGUUGAAAUUGUGGGAUGUUCAGUGCUCUUGUUUCCCUGACCUGGCCUCCCACAGAGGAGCGAACGGGGUUACUGGUGCAGACCUGCUGUGUACUCACCAAUGGAGAGGAGGAGAUAUUUCCCCGUUCCGCUUUGUGCCAAGUACUGGAGGGCUCUACCCAGGAUUACUGCUCUGCUACUGAGUCUCUGCACACAGGUGCCUGUGUCUACCGAGGCUCGUUGUUCGAGCACAGUUCCGCCUGCUCCCGAGGCUCCUUCUUUGUCCAGGGUGUGGAGAGAUGUGAGAGAUUUCAAGGCUUUUGGAAGCCGUGUGACUCAGAGAUGUGCAGUCCUAGGCAGGCUACAGAAUAACACAAGGUGGAAGCCGGACUCUUGCCAAGACUGCCAGUGCCGCAGCAGCAUCGUCACCUGUGAGCCCACGGCCUGCACGGCCCCUCGCUGUGACUUCCAGCAGGGAGAAGUGCUCCGGAUCGCCCCCAACAAGUGCUGCCCUGAGUGCGCCUCCCGAGCCGAGGGCUCUUGCCAGCACGACGGACAGACCCACAGCCACGGCUCGCAGUGGAGCGGCGCGGGCUGUGUGCUGUGCUCCUGUGCCCAUGGGACGGUGCGGUGCAGCCCCACGCCAUGCCCCGACGUCGCCUGCGCCACCGGAGAGCUGCCGUACACCGCCCCGGGGUCCUGCUGCCCGCGCUGCCUGCGCCGCGGCCAGCCCUGCUCCUUUGACGGGCAGCUGUUCCGGGACAGCGAGGACUGGCGCCUGGGUCGCUGCGCCAAAUGCGUCUGCAUGGCCGGAGCCGCUCGGUGCUUCACGGCGUCCUGCCAGCCCCUGCUCUGCAGCCAGGAUGAAGUGACGGUUGUGUCUCCGGGGAAGUGCUGCCCGGAAUGUGUCCCAAAGCCCUGCUCGGUGGCAGGAACUGUGUACCAGCAUGGCGAGCAGUGGAAAAGAGACGCCUGCACCACAUGUGCGUGUCACAGAGGGGAGGUCAGAUGCGUGAGAGAGACCUGCGCUGCUGUCACGUGCGAUAAGGGGCAGAGCAAAGCGCGGCGCCCCGGGAGGUGCUGCCAGGAGUGCGUGUCUGCCGCCGAGAGCUGCCUGUACAACGGCACCGCCAGCUACCACGGCCAGAUGUGGAACAGCACUCGCUGUGACUUCUGCAUGUGCCAUCAAGGGCAAGUCACCUGCCAGCCAGCAGAGUGUGCCAAGGUGGAGUGCGCCGAGGGAGAAGAAUUAGUUCACUUGGAUGGGAAGUGCUGUCCUGAAUGUAUUUCCAGUAAUAGUCACUGCGUUUACAAAGAACAUACCAAAGCCAACGGAGAGAAGUGGGACGAAGGGCCGUGCAGAGAGUGCGAGUGCCGGGAGGCGGAGGUGACCUGCUUCCAGCGCGCCUGCCCGCCCUGCCCGCGGGGACACCUGCCCGCGCCCGCGGGGACCGACCGCGACUGCUGCCCGCGCUGCCAGCCAGGUGAGUGCCACCCGGACUGCCUGACCUGCUCCCAGUCCUGGGGUCGCUGUGACGCCUGUCGCGACGCGAGGAAGCGGCUGCAGGACGGGCGCUGCGUGGAGACGUGCGAACCCGGCUUCUACCAGGAUGGGGACGUUUGCUUAGCCUGCAGCGAAUCGUGCUCCGCCUGUGCCGACGGGUUUGAGUGCAGGUCGUGCCGGGCGCCGCUGCUGCUGCAGGGCGGGCGGUGCGUGGCCUCCUGCGCCGAGCGGCACUUCCAGGACCGGCUCCUCUGCACAGCUUGUCACGAGUCCUGCUCCUCGUGCCGCGGCGCUGCCGAGGACGACUGCUCGUCCUGCAGAGACACGGCGCUCGUGCUGCACGCCGGGCGCUGCGUGGCCAGCUGCCCACCCGGCUUCUAUCCCAGGGACGGCGUCUGCACCGCUUGCGACCAGUCCUGCGAGACGUGCUCUGCGGAGCAGCCGCGGUGCCUGAGCUGCGCGCCGGGCCGCAUCCUUCACCGCGGGCGCUGCGUUCCCGAGUGCCCGCGCGGACACUUCCCCAGCGGCAGCUGGAGGUGCAGAGCUUGUCAUGAUUCGUGCUCCACGUGCGAGGGACCCCUGGCCACCCACUGCACGUCCUGUCCCCGUCCCCUGGCCUUGCGCCAGGGCCAGUGCCUGCAGGACUGCGGAGAGGGAUUCUACCAGGAUCACGACGUCUGCAAGGGUUGUCACCCGUCCUGCCGCGCCUGCCUGGGCCCCGGCGCCUCCCGCUGCCGGCGCUGCCGGGUGCCGGAGCACGUCCUGCAGCCUCGCCAGCCCACCCAAGGAGCCGAACACGGCUCUUGCGUCUCUCGCUGCCAAGCCGCGUUCUACCCGGACAGCGCGGGAGUCUGCAGACAGUGCCACUCGUCCUGCGCGGGCUGCACGGGGGGCUCGUCCCAGGACUGCACGGCCUGUCCCGCGCCCCGCGUCCUGCUGGCCGGGCGCUGCGUCCCCGCGUGCCCCGCGGGGCUGUUCGCCCGAGGACAGCGCUGCUCCGCGUGCCACCCGUCCUGCAGGACCUGCCGCGGCCCCUCGCACUGGGAGUGCGUCACCUGCCACCCCCACGCGUCCCUGGCCGGCGGGACGUGCAGGACCAGCUGCCCGGAGGAGCAGUAUCUCAACCUGGUGGGGUAUUGCGUGGACUGCCACCCGCUGUGCCGGCGCUGCGUGGCCAACCUGCGGGACACCGGCAGCGUGUGCCUGCAGUGCCACAACCACCGCCACCUGCUGCUGGGGGACCGCUGCGUGCCGGGCUGCCCGCCGGGAGCGUACGCCGACAGCGGCGCCUGCAGAGGGUGCCACCCCUCGUGUGAAGCCUGCAGCGGCGAAGGUCCCUUCUCCUGCUCGGCCUGCAACGCCAGCCUGCUCCUGUCCCACACCGGCGCCUGCGUGUCCGUCUGUCCCCAGGGCUACUACAGCGACGGCAGCCGGACCUGCAGACCCUGCGACAGCCAGUGCCGGAGCUGCGAGUCGGCCGCGGGCUGCACGUCCUGCCGAGACCCCGCCAGGGUCCUGCAGUUCGGGGAGUGCCGCUACGAGAGCUGCGCCCAGCAGUACUACCUGGACCUCUCCAGCGGGACGUGCAGAGAGUGUGACUGGAGCUGUAACGCGUGUAAAGGCCCCGGCAGGACCGACUGCCUGCAGUGUAUGGAGGGCUACGUGCUCCAUGACGGAGCUUGCGUGGAACAGUGCCCUGCAGGUUAUUACCAGGAGUCAGACACGUGCCAGAGGUGUGACGACGAGCGCUGCCUGCAGUGCCGCCAGCCGGACCAGUGCAGCCUUUGCCAAGCCCCGUUUUUCCUCUUGGACGCUCGUUGUGUUCGCGAGUGUGGGAAGCGACACUACGCAGACGAGGCACAGCGAAAGUGCACAGCCUGUCCUCCCGGCUGCUUGGAGUGUGACAGCAGCAGCCUGUGCCGCCUGUGCGACAGCACCACCUUCCUGAGCAACAACACCUGCCUCCCUGCCUGUGGCCAGGGUUUCUAUGGCAACACGUGGACCAGACAGUGUGAAGAAGCCAGCAAGCGCCUGUCCUCAUUCCACGUGAGCGGUCCCCUCACGGUGGGCAUUGGCGGGGUGAAGCCCCUGGACCUGUCCCUGCUGGGUGUCGGUGACGCGGCCGCGGACACGGGGCGGCUGGUGUUCCACGUGGCCAGCGCCCCCUCCAACGGCAGACUGGUGCUGCUGGCCCGCGGGAGGGAGCUGCCGCUGGGCCACGGCGACCGCUUCAGCUGCGAGGACGUGCGCCAGAGCAGAGUCCGCUUCGAGCACAGCAGGGACCAAGCCAGGAAAGGACAGUUCUCCUUGAAGGUCAGCGAUGAGCAGUUCUUCUCCCAGCCCGAGGUGGUCACCGUUCAAGCCUUCUCAACACAGGCCCCAUACGUGUUCAGAAAUGAGGCCCUGCUCGUCCGCCGAGGGGAGACGGGCGCCAUAACCGACCUGCUGCUCGGCGUGCGGGACAGCGACAACCCCCAGGACGUCGUGCUGCUGGUUUUGGAGCCUCCACGCCACGGGCAGCUGGUCAAACCUGGGCACCCAGGCGCCGUCCCCCGGUUCCAGCUGGGCGACCUUGCCGGCGGGCUGCUGCGUUACGCUCACGAUGGCUCCGACAGCCGCGACGAUGCCGUUGUUCUGCAAGUGACCGAUGGGUACCACUUCCAGAACAUCCUCUUCCACAUUAAGAUUGCUCCCAAGAGUGACGGAGCCCCUGUGCUGGCGAGCAGCCCGCGGGUGUGGGUGCCGCAGGGAGGGAUGCUGCAGAUCUCCAGGACGGUUCUGCGCGCCGAGCUGCCCGGCGCCCGCCACCCCCGCAUCACCUACAGCAUCCGCGGGGACCCGCCGCGGCACGGCGACGUGGUGCUGCUGGUCCCGGCAGACGGCCCCGCAGACCCGCGGCAGCUCCUGCCCGACGGCCGAGCGGCGUCCCCGACCCGCUCCUUCACCCAGCAGGACGUGGACGACGGGCUCGUGUGGUACAGGCACUCGGGGGCGGCGGGGGACAGCGACUCCUUCCAGUUCGAGGUGUCGGGCCCACAGACCAGCGCGGAAAGCCACGUGUUCAGCGUCGCCGUUCUGCCGCAGCCCCCCGGAGCCCCCCGGCUGUCCCCCGGCUCCUCCUUGCACGUGGCCGUGCUGGAGGACCGUGUGACAGUGAUUGAGCCCCAUCACCUCUCCUUUGUAGACCCGGAGGUUCCCAGCGAGAAAAUCCUUUUCAACGUGACGGUCCCUCUGCUCCCCGGCCAAGGUGUCGUGGAGCACAGAGACAGGCCUCUCUCCGCAGUCAGGUGCUUCACCCAAGCAGAUAUAAACCACGGCAAGAUCGCGUAUCGCCCGCCCAGCGCAGCUCCGCACCUGAGGGAGAUCACGGCCUUCUCGUUUGCGGGUCUCCCAGAGUCCGUGACCUUCCGAUUCACAGUGUCCGAUGGAGAGCACAGCACCCCGGAGAUGCCGUUCGUCAUUCACCUGCUGUCUGCGGAGCAGCAGCCUCCGCUCUUCCAGACCGCAGCUCCGCUCCUGGAGGUGACGCGGGGGGGCAGAGCCACCAUGGGGACCCAGCUGGCCGUCAGCGACACGGAUACAGCUCCCGAGGGUCUGUUCUUUGAGCUGGUGCAGCCCCCCCGGCACGGCGUGGUGCUCAAGUCCAGCACGGACGGGCAGGAGCGCAUGAGAGCAGGCGACACCUUCACCUACGAGGAUGUCACUCGCACCGCUCUGCAGUACGUGCACGACGGCUCCUCGGCGGCAGAGGACAGCAUGGAAAUCUCCGUCACCGACGGCGUCACCACUGUGAGCACGGUGCUGAGGGUGGCAGUGUCCCCGUGGGAGAGCAGCGCCCCGCAGCUGGCCCCGGGCUGCUCCUUGGCCAUCACCGUGCCCAGUAACAGCUCCGUGACUCUCUCGCGACUGCACCUCGCUUAUACUGAUGACACCUCUCCCGACUCGGAGAUCAGAAUCCAGUUAGUGUCCGCGCCUGCGCACGGCAGCCUCGUACGGACGUCUGGCUCUGGCCAUGAAGAGCUUGCCGAGGUUCAUCAUUUCACCAUGGAAGACAUCAACGACCGGAGGAUCAGCUACUCCACCGCGUUGGAUCCGGGCACACAGCCGGUUACCGACACCUUCCACUUCACCGUUUCUGAUGCCGAGAACAACCAGCUGGACGGACAGGUGUUCACCGUCACAAUCGUGUCAGCCCAGGCGGUCCCGUCGCUCAUCGCUUUUGCUGACCACAUCGCUGUGGAUGAGGGGGGCAGGGUCCCGCUGCUGGCUCGGCACCGCUUGGCCCUGGAUUAUGAUGCUGCUGCCAGGGAAGAGCUGAAGGUCACGGUUCUCACUCUGCCCACGUAUGGCUGCAUUGAAAACACCAAGACAGGUGAGAGAUUUGGCCCGCAGAGCGCUGUGACCGCAGGGGCGUCCUUCUCCGUUCAAGAUGUUCUGGACAACAGCAUUUACUACUUCCAGAGCGUCCACGAAAGCAUCGAGCCAACAAGCGAUGUUUUCAGUUUCUACGUGAGCGACGGCUUCAGCCGGUCUGAGGUGCAGAGCGUGAACAUCACCGUUCAGCGGCAGAAUGACGAGCCCCCAAGGGUGGCGCUGGAACCCGUCAGAGUGCGCGAGGGCUCAGCUGUGGUCGUUACCAACACCUCCCUCAACCUGCAGGACCUGGACACCCACAACAGCGAGCUUGUCAUUCUGGUCACCAAAAGUCCCGACCACGGUCGCCUCCGCCGCAGGCAGACGGCUGCGGAGCCCCCGGAGCGCGGACACAUGCUGGCCCCGGGCUCAGCCUUCACCUACCAGGACAUAUUGGAUGAGCUGAUCGUUUAUACUCAGAGCGGCGCAGCAGCACAAACAGACGAGUUUGGCUUCUCCAUCACGGAUGGUCUCUACACGCAGACAGGGACACUGGAGUUCUCCGUGGAGCACCCCAAAAAGCAGCUGCCGUCAUUGUCUGUCAACAGGGGCCUGCAGCUCCCCGCCGGCUCUGCCGCACACCUCACAGAGCAGCACUUGGAGGCAUCAGCUGUCGAUUCCGAUGACACGAGGAUCAGAUUUGUCAUGAAGAGGGAUCCCAGUGUGGGCCAGCUACAGUUGGCCCAAACCGAUGAGCUGGUCCGGAUCUCUGCCAAAGGACCUGUCAAAAGUUUCACCCAGGCUGACGUAAAUAAAGGGCAAGUGCUGUACAGUCACAAGAAAGGGGAUCCCGGCGGAAAUUUCACCUUCCUCUUCGAUGUGAUCGAUGCGGACGGUGACAAACUGAUGGACCAGUCUUUUUACAUUAGUGUUCUAGAGGACAGGUUUCCCCCCUCCAUCGUCGCUAACGAAGGGCUGGUCUUGGAUGAGAACUCGGCCAAGACGCUGACAACCCUGCAGCUCUGCGCCACGGACCGGGACAGCGAGCCCAGCCGGCUCCAGUACCAGCUCACCCGGCAGCCGCAGCUGGGGCAGCUCGAGCAUUUGGCCUCCCCAGGGAGGAGAAUUAGUUCUUUCAGCCAGGCAGACUUGGACUCUCACAACAUCCGCUACGUCCACACCAGUGACGCUGAGAAGCACAUGGAUGCGUUCACCUUUACUGUGUCUGAUGGAACGAACGAGGUGAGCCAGACGUUCCACAUCACCAUAAACCCCGUGGAUGACUCCUUGCCUGUCGUGCAAAGCCUUGGGAUGACGGUUCAGGAAGGGCUGAGGAAAACCAUCACCGAGUUUGAGCUGAAAGCAAGAGAUGCUGACACAGAGGCUGAGUCAAUCACGUUCACGGUCGUGCAGCCCCCCCGGCACGGGCUGAUCGAACGCACCAGCUCCGGGCAGCGUUACCACCGAGCCGCCACCUUCACGAUGGACGACAUCUACCAGAACCGCGUCAGCUACAGUCACGACGGCAGCAACUCACUGCAGGAUCGCUUCACGUUCACCGUGAGCGAUGGGACCAACCCCCUCUUCAUCGUGGAGGAUGGGGGGAAGGAGGUUGUGACAGCAGCACCGCAGCACUUCCAGGUGGACAUUCUCCCUGUGGACGAUGGGACACCCCGUGUUGUCACCAACCUGGGUUUGCAGUGGCUGGAGUACAUUGACGGCGAGGCAGCCAAUGUGAUCACUAAGAAGGAAUUGCUGGUGACAGAUCCUGACACCGAUGACAAGCAGCUGAUCUACGAGAUCACAGCUGCUCCUAGAAAUGGUUAUGUGGAGAACAAGCUGAAGCCAGGGGUGGCUGUGACCACCUUUACGCAAGAGGAUGUGAACCAGGGCCUCAUUCGGUAUGUGGUGGACGAGGAGAAGGUUCGGGAGACCGUGGACAGCUUUCAGUUCCUGGUGAGGGACAGCAAACCCAACGUGAUCAGCGGCAAUGUCUUCCACGUGCAGUGGUCUCUCCUCAGCUUUACCCACACCAGCUACAGUGUCCAAGAGAGCGCCGGCUCCGUGAGCAUCCCGGUGAGGCGGGUGGGAAACCUCAACCAGUACGCGAUCGUCCUGUGCCGCACGGAGCAGGGCACGGCCACCUCCAGCUCCGCUCGGCCGCCAGGACUGCAGGACUACGUGGAGUACGCGGGGCAGGUGCAGUUUGAGGAGCGGGAGGACGCCAAGGCCUGCACCAUCACCAUCAACGAUGACACCGUGUUCGAGGGCACCGAGAGCUUCACUGUGGAGCUCAGCGCACCGGCCUACGCCCUGCUGGGGAAUGUCACCCGCGCCACAGUCACCAUCACGGACACGGAGGACGAGCCCACCCUGCAGUUCACCAGCAAGACGCACCACGUCAGCGAGAGCGCUGGUGUUCUCUCUGCUCCCGUGGAAAGGAAAGGGGACACCAGCAGCACGGUGUCUGCCAUCUGCUACACCAUCCCCAAAUCGGCCAAGGGCAGCAGCCUUUCUACACUGGAAUCUGGCUCUGACUUCAAGUCCCGGGGUCUGGCGGGUGACAGUCGCAUCGUGUUCGGGCCGGGUGUCACCACCACGACGUGUGACGUGAUGCUGAUUGACGACAGCGAGUACGAGGAAGAAGAGGAGUUUGAGCUGGUGCUGGCCGAUGCCUCGGAUAACGCCCGCAUCGGCAGCCGGGCUUCAGCCACCGUCUUCAUCGCUGGGCCCAACGAUGUCUCCAUGGUGUUCCUGGGAAACGCCACUUUCACCGUCAGCGAGGCUGCAGGAACCGUUGAAAUUCCCGUCCUCCGGCAGGGACCUGAUCUCUCAGCCCCCAUCUCGGUGUGGUGUGCCACUCGAACAUCAGACCCUCCGUCUGCCAGCCCGGGAAACGACUAUGUCCCCAGCUCCAAAAAGAUAGAGUUCAGGCCCGGCAAGACGGAAGAGUUCUGCACUGUGACCAUCCUGGACGACGCUCAGUACCCAGUGAUAGAAGGGCUGGAGACGUUUGUCGUUUACCUCAGCUCGCCCCACGGAGCUGAGCUGGCCAAGCCCUUUCAAGCCAUCGUGGCCAUCACUGACAUCUUCCAAGACAUGCCGAGCAUGCAGUUCGGCAGGGACACGUACACGGUGAAGGAGCCGGAGGGGGCUCUGCACAUCCCCGUCCUCCGCAGCGGGGACCUCAGCUACGAGUCCUCCGUCAGGUGCUACACGCGGAGCCAGACGGCAGAGGGCAUGCAGGACUUUGCGGAGAGGAGGAACACAGAGGAGUCCCGCGUCACUUUCUUCAGAGGGGAGAAGGUGAAGAACUGCACUGUUUCUAUCAGCGAUGACUCUGCCUUUGAACCAGAAGAGCAGUUCCAGGUCUGUCUCGGUAGCCCGCUGGGAAACCACUGGAGCGGGGCCAGGACGGGGAAGGUGGACUUGGCAACUGUGACCAUCACCAACGACGAAGACGCGCCCACCAUUGAGUUUGAAGAAGCCGCGUACCAAGUGCGGGAGCCGCCCGGCCCGGAGGGCGUCGCUGUUUUAAACAUCAAGGUGUUGCGGCGAGGGGACCAGAACAGGACCUCCAGAGUCCGCUGCAGCACCCGCGAUGGCUCCGCUCAGGCCGGGCUGGAUUACUAUCCCAAGAGUCGCAUGCUCAAGUUCAGCCCAGGUGUGACCCAUCUCAUGUUCAAGGUGGAGAUCAUGUCCAACGAAGACCGGGAGUGGCACGAGUCCUUUUCUGUGGUGCUGGGCCCAGAUGACCCCGUGGACGCUGUUCUUGGAGACACCAGCACUGCGACAGUGACUAUUCUGGAUCAGGAGGCCACCGGGAGCCUGAUCCUACCAGCACCUCCCGUGGUCGUCAGCCUGGCCGACUACGACCGCGUGGCAGAAGUGACCAAGGCCGGUGCCAAGAAAUCCCCUUCCCCGGGCUACCCGCUGGUCUGCGUCACCCCGUGCGACCCGCGCUUCCCGCAGUUCUCCGUCACGGAGCAGCGCUGCGCCGAGGCGGGCAUCAACCAGUCGGCCAUACAGUUCAGCUGGGAAGUCGCGACGCCCACGGACGGGAGCGGAGCCAGGUCGCCUUUUGAAACCAUCACCGACAACACGCCAUUCACCAGCGUCAACCACAAGGUGCUGGACAGCAUUUACUUCAGCCGGCGGUUCCACCUGCGCUGUGUGGCCAAGGCUGUGGACAAGGCCGGCCACGUGGGCACCCCCUUGAGAAGCAACGUGGUGACCAUCGGCACCGACAGCGCCAUUUGUCACACGCCCGUGGUGGCGGGGACAGCCCGAGGCUUCCAGGCGCAGUCGUUCGUGGCCACUCUCAAGUACCUGGACGUGAAGCACAAGGAGCAUCCCAACAGAAUCCACAUCUCGGUGCAGAUUCCCCAUCAGGACGGGAUGCUGCCCCUCAUCUCCACCCUGCCACUGCACAACCUGCAUUUCCUUCUCUCCGAGUCCAUCUACAGGCACCAGCACGUCUGCUCCAACCUGGUCACCGCCAGAGACCUCAAAGGCGUCUCGGAGGGCGGGUUUCUGGAGGAGGUGACCUACGACAGCAUCGUCCUGGGUCCCGGCUACGACCGCCCGUUCCAGUUCGACCCCGGUGUGAGGGAGCCCAAGAGCAUCCAGCUCUACAGGCACCUCAACCUCAAGAGCUGCCUUUGGACUUUCGAUGCUUAUUACGACAUGACCGAGCUGAUUGACGUCUGCGGGGGCUCUGUCACCGCCGACUUCCAGGUCCGGGACUCUGCUCAGUCCUUCUUAACCGUCCACGUCCCGCUCUACGUGUCCUACAUUUACGUGACGGCGCCGAGAGGUUGGGCUUCUCUGGAGCAUCACACCGAGAUGGAGUUCUCCUUCUUCUACGACACCGUUCUCUGGAGGACAGGGAUCCAGACGGACAGCGUCCUGUCGGCCCGCCUGCAGAUCGUCAGGAUCUACAUCCGCGAGGACGGCCGGCUGGUGAUCGAGUUCAAGACUCAGGCCAAGUUCAGAGGGCUGUUUGUGCUGGAGCACCACAGCCUGCCCCACGCCAGGUCGGCUUUCCUGACCCCGGAGCAGCUGGGAGGGAUCCAGUUCGACCUGCAGCUGCUGUGGAGCGCUCAGACCUUCGACUCGCCCUCCCAGCUCUGGAGAGCGACCAGCUCCUACAACAGUCCCGCUGCUCGCACAGAGGCUCAAAUUAAACCCGGGGGUCACGUUUGCCCGUCCCGCAUCUGCUGGAGCGGACGGAUGUUUCUGGGAGGGUCGGGUCCUGCUGUGAAUUCGGUCUGGCCCGCUCACCCCAGGAAGGACUACUCCGGCGAGUACAGCAUCUUCUUGAUCCCCUGCACCGUGCAGCCCACGCAGGCCUGGGCAGAGCCCGGCGACAAGCCCCUGCCCUGCACGGCCCACGCUCCCGAGCGGUUCUUGAUCCCCAUCGCCUUCCAGCAGACAAACCGCCCGGUUCCUGUCGUCUACUCCCUGAACACGGAGUUCCAGCUCUGCAACAACGAGAAGGUGUUUCUGAUGGAUCCCACCAAACCCGGAAUGUCCCUGGCAGAAAUGGAUUACAAAGGGGCUUUUUCAAAGGGGCAAAUCCUUUACGGCCGCGUGCUCUGGAACCCGGAACAGAACCUGAACGCCGCCUACAAGCUGCAGCUGGAAAAGGUCUAUCUGUGCACGGGCAAGGACGGGCACGUGCCUUUCUUCGACCCGACCGGCACCGUCUAUAACGAGGGGCCCCGGUACGGCUGCAUCCAGCCCAACAAGCACCUGAAGCACCGAUUCCUGCUCUUGGACCGAACGCAGCCCGAGGUGACCGAUCAGUAUUUCCACGACGUGCCUUUCGACGCCCACUUCGCUUCCGACCUGGCCGAGUUCCGCUCCGUCAGCAGCGCGCCCGGAGUCGACGGCUUCACGCUCAGGGUGGACGCUCUCUACAAGGUGGAAGCCGGACACCAGUGGUACCUUCAGGUCAUCUACGUGAUCGGCCCGGAGAGCAUCGCGGGGCCCCGCGUCCAGCGAUCGCUCACCCGCCGCUGGACACGCGGCCGCCGGGACGCAGCAUUGGACGACCCCUUGAUCUACGACAACGACGGCGACCAGAUCAGGAACGGCACCAACAUGAAGCCGCUGACACUGCAGAGAGAAGAAGCCGCCGCCGCGGCCUCCGCGUCCCCCGCCAGCGCGUCCCUGGGCGGCGCGUUGGCCGCGGCGCUGCUGCUGCUGCUGCUGCUGCUGGCCGGGGUUUGCGUCAUGGGCGGGAAGCGCCGGGGGCUGCAGAGGAAGCGAGAGCAGCGGCCCCCGAGCCCCAAGUGGGAGGGUGGCCAGUUCUGCACCGUGAGACACGGGAACGGGACCGUGCGGGGGGAGCGCGGGGGCGGCUGCGUGGGCAGGGGCGGGAAGGGGCAGCGGCUGAACGGGGGAGUCAAAGCACAGCAUGAUCUGCAGGACGGGACGGAAGUUUAACGCAGCACCUGCUUUGUGUUGGUGAGAAACGCCUUUUAUAAAUUGUGAAAAAAUUAAAAGACUUUAUAAAAAGGUAAGAAAA